AUGUCUGUUCAUUAUGAGUUUAAAUGGCCAAAAGGUCCAGAAGAUGUAAUUGUUACAGGAACUUUCGAUGAUUGGUCACAAUCAUUGCCAUUGGUCAAACAAGUUGAUGGAUCUUUUGCAAUUCAAGUUCCAUUACCACCUAAAAAGGAAACUAUUUUCUACAAAUAUGUUGUUGAUGGGGAAUGGAAAGUUAAUACAAGCGAAAAAGUUACAAAAGAUUUCGAAGGAAAUGAUAAUAAUAUUUUAGAAGCGGAAGAUUUAGUUCAUUUAUUAGUUGUACCAGGUGCUUUGAUACCAGAAUCUGGUUUAGUAACAAACACCACCAACAAUCAAAAAAAUUUAAAUUACGAUGAUGAUUAUAAGACUACUGUUUUGCCAAAAGAAGAACCUCAUCAUUCAACAAUUAGUGGUGAACCAGGCAUAUAUGUACCAAGAGGAGGGGAAGAUGUCUCAGCAUUUGAUAAUUAUGAGGAUACCGACGCAAGAGCAAAAGAAUUAAAUGCAGAUGUCAAAGAAGUUGGAACUGCAAAUGCACCAACUACCCAAGAAACAAAUGAACAACAAUUAGGCUCAACCGACCCAACCACAGUAGAUCCAAUUUUCGUUGCUGAGACCACCGCAAUUGUUGAUCCAUCAUCUGGUAUAGUAGUAGAAGACACUGAAAUUUCGGAGAUUGCUCCAGUAUCAAAAGAUGCUGAACCCCAAACUGAAGGAUUAAACUCAAAAGGUCUUGAUUCAAGUACUGCUUCAUCAUCAGCAGGUUUAACAGCAGACGAUAAAGAAAAACAAAAGAAAAAAGUUAAAAGAACUAAAUAUAAAGCUAAAAAGAAAGCUAAAGCAGCUGCAUUAGCUAAUGGUACUACUCCAAAUGGUGAAGAUGAAGAAAUAGAUGAAGAAGAUGUCUACGAAGAUGAAGAAAUUGUACCAGAAGCGGAACCAGUUUUAAUUGCUACAGGUAACGAUGAAACGAGUGCAGAUUAUCUUGGAAACCAACCAAAAGUUACUAGACAAAGUUUAGCUGAGGAAUCUAAAGAAAACACUGAAUUAAAUAAAGAAGUUCGUGAUGAAUUUGAAGAUCCAAAAGCUAAAAAAGAAGAUCAUUCAACUGCUAAAACUUUAGGUGCUGCCGCAUUAGGAGGAGUUGGUGGUGCUGGUUUAGGUGCUGGUUUAAGUUCAGAAUUAGCAUCGGAUUCUUAUAAAGCCGGAGCUGAUCAAGGUAAAGAAGAUGUUUCAGCUACUGGAUUUGGUCAAGCUAAAGACAAUGUAAAUGGUCCAUUUUCUACUUCAAAAGAAGCUAGAAAUUCAAUAUCACCAGACCAAGCCAAAAAACCUUCGUUAGUUGAUGGGGUUGUUGAUGACAAACAUCCAAAAACUUUAGAUCCAAGAUCAGGUUCACAAGCUCCAGCUCCAGGAACUACUGCUCCAGGUACAUUAGCCUCAAACCCAGUUGUUCCACCUGUUACUGGUUCAAAUAUUGAUUCAAGUGAAGGUAAAGAAGUUAAUGCAUCACCAGUUGCAAAACAACCAAUUCCAACAAUUGAUGAUAAUCAAGAAGAAGAAAUUAUUAUUGCUCAAGGUAAUAGAAAAGAUAUAUUAGCUGCUGUUGAAGCAACUGAAGGACCAAAUGUUGAAUUGGAAGAAAUUAAACCAUCAAAAUCUGAGCAAGAAAAAUUAACAAAAGAAGCUCAAUUAGCUGCUCAAGUUGAUGGUCCAAUUACUAUUGAACAAGUUAAAGUUCCAGAAUCAAAAGUUCAUCCAAAUGAUACUACAUCAAAAACUCCAGCUACUGUAACUGCAUCAAAAGCUACUCCAGCAACUGCUAAAGACGUUCCAAUCAAAUCAAAAGACGAUAAAACCACACCUAAGGCUGGUACUAAAUCAACUACCACCAAACAAACUCCAUCAAAACAAACUCCAGCCAAAAAGACUGCCGCUAAUGGUACAAAACAAGAAGAAAAGAAGGGAUUCAGAGGCUUUUUGAAGAAAGUCUUUUCAUAA